AUGCAUAACGAUGAGUUCGCGCAUGUACUUAGUUCUGUCAUCGAGCUCGCAAAUCGCGUUGACCUGACACGACUUAGGCAACAUCACUCCAUAGAUAACUUUGCCACACACGUUCUCACUUUUCGGUUCAUUCUGGACCUGUUGAGGCAAACUUAUCAGGAAUACAUCAAAGGAAGCAUAGAAAAUAAUUCGUUUGAGCAUGUCGAAUUUACUUUCAACAAUUGCAUGGAUGGUACGCACGGAAUGGCAACAUGCUUUAAACCGAAUAAAAAGCAUAGUCACCUUUGUUACAUUUUGGAUAUUUCGCAGGCAGAAAGAAGUUGCAAUGGUCGUACUGAUGACACAAAAUGCGUGCACGACAAAAUUACUAUGAACGAUCGCGUUCUUUCCGCGGCUAAGAUCCCAGACAACGCAGUGAAUAAACAAUUCAGUGCUAGUAUACUCAAUGAUGUGUAUGGUUUCGAUUCAAGUCUGUUCCAUAUUUCUCAGUCGGAAACCCUCUGCAUGGACCCACAACAACGACUAUUACUUCUUGCAGCAGCAGACUUAUACCUGAGUAACACACGUGUUUGUCAACACGACGACUCCUUCUGCGUGCACGUCGGUGUAUCGUGGAAUGACUUUGAGGAAAUUCGCAGAAAGUAUAGUGCAGACUUUUUCUCCACUUAUGAUUCGACGGGAACAUCAAUAAGUGUCGCAUCGGGUAGAAUUGCGUAUUAUUUUGAUUUCAAAGGGUGUGCUGUGACGAUUGAUACGGCUUGUUCAUCAUCUUUGGUUGCGUUGCAUCAAUCCAUGUACGCAGCUGGCUCGCUCCGUGAAUCAAGUGCACUUGUAUGUGGCAUCAACUUGAUUUUGACAACCACGAUGACACAUCGAUUUCAGCUUGCUGGAAUGAUGUCUUCAGAGCAUCGAUGUAUGACAUUUGAUGCACGCGCGGAUGGCUACGUCCGGAGUGAGGCAUGCAACAUCGUACUCUUACACUUCAAUGGCUUCACAAAAACUCAUAGGAAUGUACUGCGGCAUGACGUUCAUAUGUCAUGCGUCGUCAAUCAAGAUGGAACAUCAACUGGACUUACGGCACCUAAUGGAACAGCUCAGCGGAACCUGAUGAAUGAGUUACUAUCGGACGUUUAUAACCCUUCAAAACACGUUGGUGCUAAAAUACAUGCCCACGGCACAGGUACGCCUCUUGGGGAUCCGAUAGAGGUGUUUGCUAUCAAUUCUGCCCUCUCGUUUUCGUCACUGUGCAGGCUGUAUGUGUCAGAAAAGUCGAUGCGAGGGCACACAGAACCUGCUUCAGGUCUAUGCAGCACCAUACUUGCUUUCGUAUCAGGUGCACAGUGCAAGCUACAUGGUCAACCACAUUUACAGCAGUUAAACAAUCAUAUACUAACAUCGGUUGAUGAAAGUAUUUUUCAGCGUUCACUGCAUUCCAGUUUUCCCUUAACUUCUAUGGCGAGUGUCACCACAGUAAGCUCCUUCGCGUUCCAAGGGACGAACGCAAUGGCUUCACUGACAUAUAUCGACAAAUGCAGUAUUAGAGUGAUUCGCAACACGUCAGGUCUGAGAUCUUUGGUCAAGUUGGAGACUGAAUCCCCUGUAAGACUCCCGUACACAUUUUCUUGCCUUAGCAUCGUCAAUGGGAAAAUGAUACAGCUAACUUCAAUGAUUCACGACAAAACAUUGAAGCGACUUUUGGAUCAUCGUGUAGCUGAUAUGCAUCUUAUGCCAGCCACAGGCCAUCUUGAACUUGAAAGAGAGCUCACGAAGUGCGCUCUCGUAAGGAAUGAACCAUAUCUUCUGACAAAGAUCGCAUUUAUGCUGCCUCUCAAGCUUGAUGAAAGCAAUCAACUUAUCACAGAGAUGAACACACAUGGUCGCUUACGCGUUGGAUGUGGCUCUGGCAUAUCCAAUUACUGGUGUAGUACUGCACGACUUCAAAUACCAGUAGGACGUGCCUGGUGCACGGACCGUACUUUUUAUCUGACUAGUAAACUCGUUUCUCGGCGUUUCAAAGGUGCGACCGCAACAAUAGCAGGGACGACGCCAAUUCUCGAUUCACAAAAUGUCGUGAAUCCGUGUAUCCAGGAUGCGAGUCUACAAUGCUCUGCAUACGUCUUGAACACGUCAGCUUUCGCAUCUGAUACAACCUACAUGGACUGCGUAUCGUUACUUAAGCUACCAACAACAAUUCAAGACGUCAUAGUUGUUAAUCAGACAGGAAAAAUACUUGUUAGAUCGACGCAUGUUGACAUGUUGCAGAAGACGCAGCAUGUGACUGAAAGUAAUAACUCUGUCACAAGUAACUCUUCGAGUAACAAUAAAACGCAGACAUGGAUACAUCGUUUACUGUGUAAAGUAUCAACCGUACGGAUGAAAGCUGGCUUACGCACUCGCACAUGCUUGGAACUCGCGAGAUUGUUGUACCACGCGAGACAACAAAGAGUGCUGAUAUCAAAUAUGCAAAACUUGCGUGAAGUAGGCAGUUUACAUGCUCCAGAACUGAUGCCCAUCAUGCGCGAAAUGGGUCGUAAGUCAAUGCAAGAUAUUAAUUCGGCUAGUGCCUCUCUUUGCGCGGUUGCGCUGCUGCAGGCUUGCGGCGCUCGUGCGCGCGUUUCCGGCGCCCACGUGCGUGCAAACGACAUCGUCCACGAGGACGCUUCGGCCGCGCCCGCAGUCUGUGGAUCGUGCGUGCGCGCCACCGUGCAAUCUUCCGCGCAGGAACGCAGCGAGCCAUUGGUGCUGAGUGUCGCGAGCGCCCCGCACACCGCGCCAGCCCGAGCGUUGCGAUCGAUCGCCGCCGGGGCGUCGAUCGCCGGGGCGCUGUGCGUUGAGCGGCUGCUUCCGGCGUUCGGUCGCCGGACGCCCGCCGCGUCGCGCGACGGCGCGGCGACGACCACGGCGUCGCCGGCACCGAAAGUCUCGAGCGUGUUCGUGACUGGCGGUCUGGGCGCGUUGGGUCAGACUUCGGCGGCGUGGUACGCGCAUCGAGGCGUUCGCCACGCCUACUUGACUGGUCGCCGCGGGCGCGGAGAGUCCCUUCUGCUGCGAUGGUCGUCGCGCGGCGGUACCGACGUGAGCGCAUUGCACGUGCUUCGCGUCGACGCGUGUGCGACCGACGAGGCGUCGUACGGCGGUGCGCGCGCGCACGCGCGCGUGCGCGCACACGGCGUGCUGCACGCGGGCGGCGUGCUACGCGACUCUUUGACUGCUCGCCAAUCCGCGUCGGCCCAUCGAUACGUGUGGUCGUCCAAAGUAGUGUCCGCGCACGCAUUGCUCCGCCAGUGCGUCGGCGUCGAGCGCGGCGCGCGUCACAUCGCGCUGUUCUCGUCGGUGGCGGCGCUGCUGGGGAGUCCAGGGCAAUGCAACUACAGCGCGGCCAACGCCGCGCUGGACGCGCGAGCCGCACACGAGUGGUGCCGCGGGUACGCGGUGCAAUCCGUGCAGUGGGGCGCGUGGGACGGCGCGGGAAUGGCGCUGACAAACGCGUCUGUACUCAGGAACGCGCGCACGACAGGCAUCGGCGUGCUCGAUCCGCAAGCCGGGCUCGGGGCCGUACACGUCGCGCUUCAGGGCGCAUCAGUGACGGGUCGCUGGCGGGCAAUCCAAGGCGUCCUGGCCGUCGUCCCGUUCCAGUGGUCCGUGCUCGCGCGCGCGCAGCGCUCGCGCGCGCUGAUUGCGGAGUACCGCGCGGAGUCGGCGCGGUCGAGCGCUCCAGUCGCCGUCCAUCCGGGCGCCGAGGAAGACGCGGCGCGCGAUGUGUCAGAUGAGAGCGUGCGGCAGAUCGUGGCCUCCGCCGUGACGCGCGCGCUCGGCAGAGACGUGUCGGUGGACGCGUCGCUCAUGGAAGAGGGCCUAGACUCGCUCGCGGCGGUCGAGCUCGGAGGGGCGUUACAAAAGGAAACGGGCGUGAACAUGCCGGCCACGCUGGCAUUUGACUACCCGACGAUCACCGCGAUAUCUGGGUACCUGAAGGGUGCGAUGCUGGCGCGAUCGCGUGCGCGCCAAUCGAGCGGCGCGGCGUCCAGCGCCGCUCGCACGCGCGCCGCGAGCGGCGCGGUCGCGCAUUCGCGCGACUCGAUGCCAGGUAUUGCAUCCAACGCGCGCGAAAUCUUGGGUCUUGCGCCCGUUGUUAUGGCCAUCAGACGGAGCGUGCGACGACUCGACGCGGAUGAUCGAGAGCCAAAGCCUGCUCGACAUGGCGGCUCGGCGUUGUUUUCAUCGUUCGUGAGGUGCGUCAUGGCAGAGCGAGCCUCUGAAGAUCGCUUCGACACGCCAUCGUUGGGCAGGCAGCCGAGCGCGACAGCGCGCGUGGUCUCCUUGACGAAAGCCAGAGAUUUCACUACACAAGCUCUCGACAGCAUGCCGAAAUGCAACGAGAUUGAGCUGAGCGUCGUCAGCGCUGUGUCGAGUAAGGCAUCAGGCGCGCACGAUGCCGUGCGUGUGAACAACAUGCGACAUGCGUGCGGCGAAGUGUGUGAUCCACAAAGCUCAAAAUCGCACGAGUUCGUCGCUCGGCGUCUUGUGCAGUUUGGGUACUUCAUCGAGCGCAGCUUGUUUGACGGGGAGCAGUUCUCCGUAACGGCGCACGAGGCGCGGUUGAUGGACCCGCAGCAGCGCGUGCUCCUGGAGAACGCGCUCGCCGCGACGAGUGCGACGCCGCACAGCGCGCCGAAGCCAGCCACAGCCGUGUCCGUCGGCGCUUGGACGUCUCAGUACGCAGACAUGUGCCGCGUGUACGAGCCAACGCCGGGGCCGUACUCUGGCGUUGCUUCCGCCUUGAGCGUGCUGUGCGGUCGCGUAUCGUACACGUUUGGUAUGCGUGGCCCGUCCGUGUGUGUCGACACCGCGUGCUCCUCCUCGCUCGUGGCCGCGCAUGUUGCGAGCUCUCACUUGCGCGAUGGAUCGUGCGAGGACGCCCUCGUCGCCGGCGUGAGCGUGAACGUCGGCAUCGGCACCUUCCUCGUGGCCACCGCCGCGAGCAUGCUAUCGUUCGAUGGUCGGUGCAAAACCUUGGAUGCCAGCGCCGACGGUUACGCCAAGGGCGAGUGCUGCGUGGUCCUGCGCGUGUCGGUGGACGGGGCGAGCGCUGGAGCGCCCAAAGCGCCCGAUCUUCCAAACGCCGAGUCUCCCUCUCUCGCUCUUCUCGAACAGACCGGUGUGAACCAGGAUGGACGGUCGAGCUCGCUCACCGCACCAAACGGGCCGUCGCAGCAGGCACUCGUGGCCGAUGCGCUUCUCCGCUCGGGGCUGCACGGCGACGCGCUCGGCAGGCUGGAGAUGCACGGCACGGGUACUUCGCUGGGAGAUCCGAUAGAGGUCGGCGCCGCGCUUGAGGUUCUCGCGCCGCCGACGCGCGCGGACCGGGCGCCGUCCAGGGGCCCCGCGCUCACGCUUGAGGGCGUGAAGCCACGCGCUGGCCACUGCGAACCAGGGGCUGGCGCGGUUGGGUUGCUGUUUGCGAUGGCAAACUUGACGGAGCGAGCCGUCGCGUCCCUCGUCCACCUGCGCCAGCUCAACCCUCACGUCGAGGCCGCGACGCGCCGAAACGCACCGUCGCCGCAUGCGCGCGCGCCGGUGCUCGCGCGACAAGGCAUGCCGCGACCGGAUGACGGCGCGUCUGAGGCUGGAGCAGCGGACGCUGCUCGAGCGCGCGUGCGGCGAUCCGGCGUGAGCGGCUUCGCGUUCCAGGGCACAAACGCGCACGCAAUCAUGGCCCGGGGACCCGGACAGGCGACUGCGCCCGGGUACACGGGAAGCACGCACACGGCGGCGCGUGCGUGGGAGCGUCAGCGCCACUGGUGCGCGCCAGAACGGCACUGCCUCAUCGAGUCCGUGCGCGCUCUGCAUCCUCGCGAGGGAGACUCGAGCGCGUUGGCGCGGUCGUGCGUGCGCCUGUGUCGGUCCGCGUCGCUCGCUGGCAUGCUUGAUCACGCCGUCGGGCUCCGGACGCUGCUACCAGGCACAGCGCACGUCGAGAUAUGUCGAGCCAUGGCGGGCGCGCUGGCAGACCAGCCGCUCGCCGACAUCUCGCUGUCGCACGUAUCUUUUGCAGCGCCCCUCGAGCUUCGAGCGCCGACGACCGACGUGCUGUGCGACGUCACGCCGCAAGGCGUGGCCCGCGUGGGCGUGCGCGUGUCGUCGUCCUCUGCCGCCGCGCCGUUCCUCGCGGGCGCGCUCAGCCGCAGAAGCGCCUCAAGAAUUACUGCGUCUCCGGCGCACCUCUCGCGAGGACCGGCGAUGCCCGCGCUGGACGUGCAGCCUUGUGUUCACGGCGCGAGCUGGCUGCGCUCGUCGCAGCGACGAGGCCCGGGCGCGGAGCACCGCGUGUACGGCGACAUACGCGCGCGUCAGAUGUCCACGCUGUCGGCUGCGGCGUAUCACUCGCCGCCCGCAGUGCUCGAUGCCGCGCUGCACGCGCUCAGCGCGUGCGCGCCGCCGCCGGGUAGCGAUGCGACAGAAGAGAGCCCGCACGUCCCGGCCACGAUCGGCGGCGUCCGCACGCGAGGCGGGCACUCGGACAUAUACCGCGCCCGGUUCGCGCUCGCGACGGCUCCGCCUGAGCGCGGGGAGCGGAACGCGUCCACGCGCAGAUCUCGUCACCACCUGUGGGACUGGUCGAGUCUUUCGGCGGCGCAUCGAGGGUGCGUGGUGCACGCGCUGGAGUCUCGACGACUCGGUGGCGCCGCGGUCGUGCGCUCGCGAGCACAACAGCGCUCGAGGGCACCGCCGCCGCGUCGCGCGGCCGCGCCGCGUGUGCUUUAUGGAGUCGGGCAACAGCGCGCGUGCGGCGCGGCGGAUGGCCAGGGCGCGCGUCGACGCUCAACCCUCAACUCGCAGUGCUUUGUGGACGACGCGUCGCACCGCCGCGAGCUGAUGGAGACCCACGCGUCACCAUCGAUCGCGCAAGGCAGCACGCGAAGCAGCACGCGCGCCUCUCUUUGCGCGGUUGCGCUGCUGCAGGCUUGCGGCGCUCGUGCGCGCGUUUCCGGCGCCCACGUGCGUGCAAACGACAUCGUCCACGAGGACGCUUCGGCCGCGCCCGCAGUCUGUGGAUCGUGCGUGCGCGCCACCGUGCAGUCUUCCGCGCAGGAACGCAGCGAGCCAUUGGUGCUGAGUGUCGCGAGCGCCCCGCACACCGCGCCAGCCCGAGCGUUGCGAUCGAUCGCCGCCGGGGCGUCGAUCGCCGGGGCGCUGUGCGUUGAGCGUCUGCUUCCGACGUUCGGUCGCCGGACGCCCGCCGCGUCGCGCGACGGCGCGGCGACGACCACGGCGUCGCCGGCACCGAAAGUCUCGAGCGUGUUCGUGACUGGCGGUCUGGGCGCGUUGGGUCAGACUUCGGCGGCGUGGUACGCGCAUCGAGGCGUUCGCCACGCCUACUUGACUGGUCGCCGCGGGCGCGGAGAGUCCCUUCUGCUGCGAUGGUCGUCGCGCGGCGGUACCGACGUGAGCGCAUUGCACGUGCUUCGCGUCGACGCGUGUGCGACCGACGAGGCGUCGUACGGCGGUGCGCGCGCGCACGCGCGCGUGCGCGCACACGGCGUGCUGCACGCGGGCGGCGUGCUACGCGACUCUUUGACUGCUCGCCAAUCCGCGUCGGCCCAUCGAUACGUGUGGUCGUCCAAAGUAGUGUCCGCGCACGCAUUGCUCCGCCAGUGCGUCGGCGUCGAGCGCGGCGCGCGUCACAUCGCGCUGUUCUCGUCGGUGGCGGCGCUGCUGGGGAGUCCAGGGCAAUGCAACUACAGCGCGGCCAACGCCGCGCUGGACGCGCGAGCCGCACACGAGUGGUGCCGCGGGUACGCGGUGCAAUCCGUGCAGUGGGGCGCGUGGGACGGCGCGGGAAUGGCGCUGACAAACGCGUCUGUACUCAGGAACGCGCGCACGACAGGCAUCGGCGUGCUCGAUCCGCAAGCCGGGCUCGGGGCCGUACACGUCGCGCUUCAGGGCGCAUCAGUGACGGGUCGCUGGCGGGCAAUCCAAGGCGUCCUGGCCGUCGUCCCGUUCCAGUGGUCCGUGCUCGCGCGCGCGCAGCGCUCGCGCGCGCUGAUUGCGGAGUACCGCGCGGAGUCGGCGCGGUCGAGCGCUCCAGUCGCCGUCCAUCCGGGCGCCGAGGAAGACGCGGCGCGCGAUGUGUCAGAUGAGAGCGUGCGGCAGAUCGUGGCCUCCGCCGUGACGCGCGCGCUCGGCAGAGACGUGUCGGUGGACGCGUCGCUCAUGGAAGAGGGCCUAGACUCGCUCGCGGCGGUCGAGCUCGGAGGGGCGUUACAAAAGGAAACGGGCGUGAACAUGCCGGCCACGCUGGCAUUUGACUACCCGACGAUCACCGCGAUAUCUGGGUACCUGAAGGGUGCGAUGCUGGCGCGAUCGCGUGCGCGCCAAUCGAGCGGCGCGGCGUCCAGCGCCGCUCGCACGCGCGCCGCGAGCGGCGCGGUCGCGCAUUCGCGACGUACAACCAUUACUCAGCUCCCUCGUCUACGUCUAUCAUACGUUCCGCAUGAAGUCAGCCGACGAACGACUCUUGGCAUUAGCGGUCAAUAUUCUCACGAGCUUAGACACUUUAGCUCUGCGGGACCUUCGACCAGUAACUUUGAGGGAGUCCUCUUUGUUCGCAUUCAUAACUCCACCAAGCCCUUACCCGUGCAUCCAUAUUUCAUUGGCAACUUUUUGCGUUGUGACGAACUCGAGUUCGGCUUGUUUGGCGCACCGCACAGCGAAUGGACUACUCUGGACGCGCGGCAGAUUCUCUUGAUUGAGAGUGUACACACUAUCCAGCUGAACAACAGUUCAGACGUUUCAUUGCGCACUCUAGAGACGACGGCUGUUCUUGUUGGAGCACAAGCGGUAGAUUCAACUGACGAGCAUAGCGUUGAGAUACAGUACAACGCCUACUCUGGCGUUGCUUCCGCCUUGAGCGUGCUGUGCGGUCGCGUAUCGUACACGUUUGGUAUGCGUGGCCCGUCCGUGUGUGUCGACACCGCGUGCUCCUCCUCGCUCGUGGCCGCGCAUGUUGCGAGCUCUCACUUGCGCGAUGGAUCGUGCGAGGACGCCCUCGUCGCCGGCGUGAGCGUGAACGUCGGCAUCGGCACCUUCCUCGUGGCCACCGCCGCGAGCAUGCUAUCGUUCGAUGGUCGGUGCAAAACCUUGGAUGCCAGCGCCGACGGUUACGCCAAGGGCGAGUGCUGCGUGGUCCUGCGCGUGUCGGUGGACGGGGCGAGCGCUGGAGCGCCCAAAGCGCCCGAUCUUCCAAACGCCGAGUCUCCCUCUCUCGCUCUUCUCGAACAGACCGGUGUGAACCAGGAUGGACGGUCGAGCUCGCUCACCGCACCAAACGGGCCGUCGCAGCAGGCACUCGUGGCCGAUGCGCUUCUCCGCUCGGGGCUGCACGGCGACGCGCUCGGCAGGCUGGAGAUGCACGGCACGGGUACUUCGCUGGGAGAUCCGAUAGAGGUCGGCGCCGCGCUUGAGGUUCUCGCGCCGCCGACGCGCGCGGACCGGGCGCCGUCCAGGGGCCCCGCGCUCACGCUUGAGGGCGUGAAGCCACGCGCUGGCCACUGCGAACCAGGGGCUGGCGCGGUUGGGUUGCUGUUUGCGAUGGCAAACUUGACGGAGCGAGCCGUCGCGUCCCUCGUCCACCUGCGCCAGCUCAACCCUCACGUCGAGGCCGCGACGCGCCGAAACGCACCGUCGCCGCAUGCGCGCGCGCCGGUGCUCGCGCGACAAGGCAUGCCGCGACCGGAUGACGGCGCGUCUGAGGCUGGAGCAGCGGACGCUGCUCGAGCGCGCGUGCGGCGAUCCGGCGUGAGCGGCUUCGCGUUCCAGGGCACAAACGCGCACGCAAUCAUGGCCCGGGGACCCGGACAGGCGACUGCGCCCGGGUACACGGGAAGCACGCACACGGCGGCGCGUGCGUGGGAGCGUCAGCGCCACUGGUGCGCGCCAGAACGGCACUGCCUCAUCGAGUCCGUGCGCGCUCUUCAUCCUCGCGAGGGAGACUCGAGCGCGUUGGCGCGGUCGUGCGUGCGCCUGUGUCGGUCCGCGUCGCUCGCUGGCAUGCUUGAUCACGCCAUCGGGCUCCGGACGCUACUACCAGGCACAGCGCACGUCGAGAUAUGUCGAGCCAUGGCGGGCGCGCUGGCAGACCAGCCGCUCGCCGACAUCUCGCUGUCGCACGUAUCUUUUGCAGCGCCCCUCGAGCUUCGAGCGCCGACGACCGACGUGCUGUGCGACGUCACGCCGCAAGGCGUGGCCCGCGUGGGCGUGCGCGUGUCGUCGUCCUCUGCCGCCGCGCCGUUCCUCGCGGGCGCGCUCAGCCGCAGAAGCGCCUCAAGAAUUACUGCGUCUCCGGCGCACCUCUCGCGAGGACCGGCGAUGCCCGCGCUGGACGUGCAGCCUUGUGUUCACGGCGCCAUCAGACGGAGCGUGCGACGACUCGACGCGGAUGAUCGAGAGCCAAAGCCUGCUCGACAUGGCGGCUCGGCGUUGUUUUCAUCGUUCGUGAGGUGCGUCAUGGCAGAGCGAGCCUCUGAAGAUCGCUUCGACACGCCAUCGUUGGGCAGGCAGCCGAGCGCGACAGCGCGCGUGGUCUCCUUGACGAAAGCCAGAGAUUUCACUACACAAGCUCUCGACAGCAUGCCGAAAUGCAACGAGAUUGAGCUGAGCGUCGUCAGCGCUGUGUCGAGUAAGGCAUCAGGCGCGCACGAUGCUGUGCGUGUGAACAACAUGCGACAUGCGUGCGGCGAAGUGUGUGAUCCACAAAGCUCAAAAUCGCACGAGUUCGUCGCUCGGCAUCUUGUGCAGUUUGGGUACUUCAUCGAGCGCAGCUUGUUUGACGGGGAGCAGUUCUCCGUAACGGCGCACGAGGCGCGGUUGAUGGACCCGCAGCAGCGCGUGCUCCUGGAGAACGCGCUCGCCGCGACGAGCGCGACGCCGCACAGCGCGCCGAAGCCAGCCACAGCCGUGUCCGUCGGCGCUUGGACGUCUCAGUACGCAGACAUGUGCCGCGUGUACGAGCCAACGCCGGGGCCGUACUCUGGCGUUGCUUCCGCCUUGAGCGUGCUGUGCGGUCGCGUAUCGUACACGUUUGGUAUGCGUGGCCCGUCCGUGUGUGUCGACACCGCGUGCUCCUCCUCGCUCGUGGCCGCGCAUGUUGCGAGCUCUCACUUGCGCGAUGGAUCGUGCGAGGACGCCCUCGUCGCCGGCGUGAGCGUGAACGUCGGCAUCGGCACCUUCCUCGUGGCCACCGCCGCGAGCAUGCUAUCGUUCGAUGGUCGGUGCAAAACCUUGGAUGCCAGCGCCGACGGUUACGCCAAGGGCGAGUGCUGCGUGGUCCUGCGCGUGUCGGUGGACGGGGCGAGCGCUGGAGCGCCCAAAGCGCCCGAUCUUCCAAACGCCGAGUCUCCCUCUCUCGCUCUUCUCGAACAGACCGGUGUGAACCAGGAUGGACGGUCGAGCUCGCUCACCGCACCAAACGGGCCGUCGCAGCAGGCACUCGUGGCCGAUGCGCUUCUCCGCUCGGGGCUGCACGGCGACGCGCUCGGCAGGCUGGAGAUGCACGGCACAGGUACUUCGCUGGGAGAUCCGAUAGAGGUCGGCGCCGCGCUUGAGGUUCUCGCGCCGCCGACGCGCGCGGACCGGGCGCCGUCCAGGCCCCCCGCGCUCACGCUUGAGGGCGUGAAGCCACGCGCUGGCCACUGCGAACCAGGGGCUGGCGCGGUUGGGUUGCUGUUUGCGAUGGCAAACUUGACGGAGCGAGCCGUCGCGUCCCUCGUCCACCUGCGCCAGCUCAACCCUCACGUCGAGGCCGCGACGCGCCGAAACGCACCGUCGCCGCAUGCGCGCGCGCCGGUGCUCGCGCGACAAGGCAUGCCGCGACCGGAUGACGGCGCGUCUGAGGCUGGAGCAGCGGACGCUGCUCGAGCGCGCGUGCGGCGAUCCGGCGUGAGCGGCUUCGCGUUCCAGGGCACAAACGCGCACGCAAUCAUGGCCCGGGGACCCGGACAGGCGACUGCGCCCGGGUACACGGGAAGCACGCACACGGCGGCGCGUGCGUGGGAGCGUCAGCGCCACUGGUGCGCGCCAGAACGGCACUGCCUCAUCGAGUCCGUGCGCGCUCUUCAUCCUCGCGAGGGAGACUCGAGCGCGUUGGCGCGGUCGUGCGUGCGCCUGUGUCGGUCCGCGUCGCUCGCUGGCAUGCUUGAUCACGCCAUCGGGCUCCGGACGCUACUACCAGGCACAGCGCACGUCGAGAUAUGUCGAGCCAUGGCGGGCGCGCUGGCAGACCAGCCGCUCGCCGACAUCUCGCUGUCGCACGUAUCUUUUGCAGCGCCCCUCGAGCUUCGAGCGCCGACGACCGACGUGCUGUGCGACGUCACGCCGCAAGGCGUGGCCCGCGUGGGCGUGCGCGUGUCGUCGUCCUCUGCCGCCGCGCCGUUCCUCGCGGGCGCGCUCAGCCGCAGAAGCGCCUCAAGAAUUACUGCGUCUCCGGCGCACCUCUCGCGAGGACCGGCGAUGCCCGCGCUGGACGUGCAGCCUUGUGUUCACGGCGCGAGCUGGCUGCGCUCGUCGCAGCGACGAGGCCCGGGCGCGGAGCACCGCGUGUACGGCGACAUACGCGCGCGUCAGAUGUCCACGCUGUCGGCUGCGGCGUAUCACUCGCCGCCCGCAGUGCUCGAUGCCGCGCUGCACGCGCUCAGCGCGUGCGCGCCGCCGCCGGGUAGCGAUGCGACAGAAGAGAGCCCGCACGUCCCGGCCACGAUCGGCGGCGUCCGCACGCGAGGCGGGCACUCGGACAUGUACCGCGCCCGGUUCGCGCUCGCGACGGCUCCGCCUGAGCGCGGGGAGCGGAACGCGUCCACGCGCAGAUCUCGUCACCACCUGUGGGACUGGUCGAGUCUUUCGGCGGCGCAUCGAGGGUGCGUGGUGCACGCGCUGGAGUCUCGACGACUCGGUGGCCUCACGACGAAUUCAUUUUAUCAUAGCUUUACGUCUACGCAGGCAUAUAAGUUGGCUCAUAUUCCACGGCCAGACAUCCUAUCGCAGUCUUUCACUUCAAUGAAGACUAUAAAUGCUGUCGACAAAGCUAGCAGCACAUUUACAGAACGCAGUAGUGAUGCGAUGGAAAUUGUUAACGCCGUGCAACGCGAGAUUUUGGAAAUUUUAUCAACAUUAACGACCAGUCCUGUAAGUUUAGAUGAUACACUUGCGAGCCACGGAUUGGACUCACUGGGCAUUGCAUAUUUUUUUAUUCAAGUUGGCAAACGGUUCAAUGUUGAAGUGACUGUUGACAGUCUUGGCACGAACACCACAGUCAGUAGUAUAGUGCAUCAGAUAUCACAGAUGCUUAGUGCAAGGGUGAUUUUCCUACACACCAAGGACCUGGUGCGCGAGCGAAAAGCCGACAGCUCCUCAAGAAGAGGAAGGAGCACUGCGAUCACAUCGAUGGUGUCUGCAUACCGUCGACACUUGCAGUCAACUGAAUUCGAGCCCAAAGCCUGUUUUGCAAGAGGCGUACUUGCUUGCGCAAUAUUUACUAUAUUUAUCAUUGCGUACGGAUAUCACGCACACAGAUUCGACAUGUUUUAG